GGGCGGUAUGUACGUGCUAGCGGGGUCGUUCUGGCCUCCACAGGAGACUUUUAGAGGCCUGCCUCACUUCGGCCGAGGCUCACUUUUGGAUCCUUCCCCUGCCUUCUAUCCCUUGCCUAGUGGUCUGGCGAGAAACCGGGUGUGUGUGUGUGGUGGGGGAGAGGGUCAUGUGGACAGGCAGAGCGUAAUUCUCGCAGAAUUUGUGCCACAGUAGCUCCUCAGUAAAGUUUUCUUUCCCAGAGCUCGUGACUUAAGAUGGCAAACGCGCGUCCGCGUGCUGGCGGCCCCUGGCGGCGGCCGGCGCGCUCACCCGCGGACACGCCGCCGCCUCCCCGCCCGGGUCCGCUGGGACCGAGUUCGGCCUUUCCCACUGCGGGAACCGUCCGAGGCCGCGUCGGAGAACGCGCCUCUGUUCGGGUUGGAAACGAAUCUGGGAACGUGUUUGAAGCGCGGUCAAGUUUGACUCAUCGCUUUCCAAGGACAGUUAGUGCCUUCCAUCUUCAUUAACGUGAAUAAAGACCUUGGCUGACUUCUGUCCAGAUCGGAUUUUUAAAGGCAUUGUUUGCUUGGGGAGAUCAUGCCUUUCCCCUCCCCCGCCGUCCUUUUUGCAAAGGUUGAGCCCAGUUGGGCCAGGAUGGCCGAGAGAUCUCUGCCUGGGGACGUGGUUUGCUGGCGUUGUCUGCGGGCCCUUUUGGAAGGCUGUCUCUGGGCAUAGUAUGGGGAGCGUCCCUUUGCAGCUUCUCUUCAGAUCUUGAUGAUAAAACACAUCCCUCUAUUUUAUUGCAUUUCCUAGAAGCUUGCAGGCUUGCAAGAGCGCUGUUGGCAGGAAACGUGAUAGAAAUGAAAGUCAGGACAUAAUGUGCCCGAACACCUCGGUUACCCAAAGCGGCUGCCGAGGCCAUCGCGUUAUCAAAUUCGCUUUUAUCUACUGUCGCCUUCCCCGCCCUCCCGCCCCAGUCAAGAGGCAAAGAGUGUUUCCCCCUAAGAACAAAAACAACUCCGCGGUUUGACCCCAUCCCCUGCUGUCGGACCACUGUGACUAGAUCCUUGCAGUUUGUUGGCUGAGCGGCUGCUGGGACCGGUAAUCCUCCAGCAGGAGCCCCGAUGCGAGUUUCACUGCGGCAGUUCCAGCCUUAUUAAAAUUCCUUGUUCCUGUCCCUAAACAGUGCUUUGCACUUUCAAAUUCACCAUUUGAGUUUUCAGCGAGUUAUUGGAGUUAUUAGAUUACCAAUAACCCAACGGCUGGCCUGGAUAGAGGGGAGGGGGAAGGGCGGAGGGCAUUCUCCAAAUCGGGAAGCUCUGGCCAAACUAGGUCAAUGGGAAGGAGGGGCGGGGCGAGACGGGGGUUGUUGGUUUCAAGCCUUAACAGAGGGCUCUCUCUAGCGUUAGGCAGUGGUAAAAACGCUCAGGUUUGAGCUCCCGGAACCACCGGGCCUCCUAGUUUCCAAUAAGUCCAUUUGUUUAAUUUUAAUUUCCCAGAUUCUCACCCCCACCCCAGAAUUAAAUUCCAGCCGUCUCUUUCACCAUUAUCCAACUGGGCAGAGGAAUGAGAGAGCCUCAAAGUAGGAUUUUGAGACCGAAAAGGCCAAGUCUUUACGGACAGACUCUGACCCUUCCUCGGUCGCAGACGGGAUGCACGGCGCAGUGUGGCGCCACCCGCUAGUUUCAGGGCUGCGGCCUGUGAGGCUGAGUCUUUCGCUGUCCCCUGACAGCGCCUUCCACAGCCCGCUAUCGAGACCCAUUUGGAGUUGGCGCCCAGGGGUUUUAACUCCCAGGGAGGCCGCGGGAAGGGGAGGCAAUUUUGGACUACGCGAGUGCGCGCGCUGGGGUCGGCGCCCCGGCCUCCGCCGAGUCCAAACCGUGUCUCUACUGUUUCGGGGAAAUCGGACUUGGAAAUCCCUAAACCUGGCCAGGGUCGGCCUGGCAGCUCCUAUUCUAAAUACUUUAGGCGGAAACUAAGUCGAGCUGGGUUCCCGUUCUUGCCAACGUAGGCGGAAGGGACUUUCGGUUUAGUUUUCCUCCAACUUGGCUGGGGCGUGCAGGAUGGAGACCCUAAGCCCUAGGGACUCCAUCUUUUUCGCCUUGACACCUCGCCUAACCAUCCCCUCAAGGGGGGAGGGGGGUGGCGGGGCGGGGAGAGGCAAAAAGAGAAAAAAGGAACGACACACUAGGCCAACAAACGCCGGAAUUGGGCAAAUUGGAGUCAGGAAAUGAGUCUCGGAUUGGAUCCGAACUCCUGACUUCUAGACCAGCUCUGCUACUAACUUCUCUGAUUUCCUCGUUUAUAAAUUGUUGCGGGGAAGGGGUUGGAUUAGAUAAACUCUGAGAGUCCUGGACUCAGCGCUGGCGAGGGAUUUAGGGGAAAGUGCGCCGUAUUCCCUGCGAGCCUUACCCCCACCCCUCCUCCCCCCGGUGAAUCCCCGGCGGCCAGCACGGCGCGGGCAGCGAUCCUGGCUGCAGUCGGGGCCCGGGUAGCUUCCUGGAAAGUUAGACAGGCAGAGAGUAUUCUGUGAAAUCCGCAGAGCCGAGAUCGACUACGUUCCGGGAAUGAGAGGGCUGUGCCAUUCCCCUCCCUGCCCCCUGCCUUGACGGCAUAACAGGAAAAAAAAAAGGCAUACACACAAUGUUAGCUAUCGAGGUGCCCGAAAAGUUUUAUUUGAAUGUAACUAAAUUAAGGGCCACCACGGUCACACCGGGGAGCCUCCACCGCGCCUUGCAGGGGGCUUCGAGGUGGAUGGGAAGUGGUGCCCGCCAGUCGUCCAGAAGUGGGCAGUCUCUGGAAGACAGGUACGGUGUCGUAGGGGUAGGCGAGUCUGCGCAGGCUUGCCCUGGAGCGCAGGGCUUGUGUUUGUGCUCGAGUGUGAGCGAGAGAAUGGGGCUGCCUGGUGCCUGCCCACUGGAGGAGGGAGGAAAAAGAUGGGGUCUUUCGCAUUGGCUCGCUCUCUCGCUCUUAACCUCGUCUCUCUCUUUCCCUCCCUCCCCCUCUCCCCCUGCUUUCCUCCUUCUCUGCUCUUUCUUUUUCAUUUUCUGGUUCCUCUGUUUUCUUCUUCAAUGGUAAUCUCCCGUAGAGAAUCUAGUGUAAUUGAGUAUACACAAGGAAAGCGCAAAAGGAGAGAAAAGGUGUGACGGGUGGAGAAAACAGGUUUAACUCUCCCUUGGUGGUUACUGAGCCAGCAGGGAUGGUGGGGUAGGAGUUGGGGUCCAAGGGGUCCAGAUCUGGAGCCAUGCAGUUGUCAGUUUCUCACUGACAGCCCUGCUCUCUUGGUGAUUGUUUUUGUGGGAUAAUGUUGUGUGUGGCAUUGGUGGUAUGGCUGGAUCUAGUAGAUAGGGUUUGUCCAGAAUUUUGCUAGAAAUUGGCUUUGAGAUCUUGGGCAAGGCUUAUCCCCUGCAGCCUCAGUUUCCUACCUAGUAAAUCAGGGCUGUUAAAAGGAUAAGAUACAAUAAUGAGUGGGAAAGGACGAAGUGGUCUGUGAAAACAAAACAAAACAAACAUUGGUAGUGCUUCCACACCUGCAGCAUGGGGGCUGGGGGGUGAACCCACACACUCAGUAGUUGUGGGACCUGCUAAGACAGAGUUAGCUUACAAAGGAGUGAACUUAGUAAGGACGUGGGCCUCAGUGUAUGUGCAUUUGUUUUUGGCCAGGCGGAGGCUUAAGGUGAAAAGCUCAAGGACUGGCUGACAGUGGACACAGGGGAAUUGUUUGUUUGUUUCAACCCCCAUCUGGAGUGAGUCAUUGCCACUUGUCAUGGUGAAAUGGCAAAUCUGGGCUUCCUGUGGUUCCAAAAGUCUGUGACUGGAAAUCCUCAAGUGAACUGGUCAUUGAAGCUGGUUAGAGGACAGCCUAGGUAUACCAGAGGUGUUUGAGAAUCUCUUCCAUGAGGGAAGAAGAGAAAGUUUUUAAAUAAACCUCACAUGUCUUCUGCAUUCUUUUUCAAAGGAGACAGUCAUUGAACUGUGGUUAGGACUAAGUUAGUAAAUCUCUCUUUCCCUAUCUUGAGUUGGGAUGAGGAGAGGAGGAGAUAGGUUCUUUUGUGUUUUUCUGUCCUCUCCCUUUCCCCAUUUCCUUCCCCCAGUGUCCACUCACUCGCAUGCACACACUAACCUUGAAGCUGAUGAGAGUGUAUGACUGGCACUUGGGACCACAGAGAAAUGUCAGAGUGUUUGGUUACAGACUCAAGGAAACCUCUCAUUUUAGAGUGCUCAUUUGGUUUUAAGCAAAAUUUUGGACUGUGAAGCAACGCAUUGGGUGAAGACAAAAUGGCCUCUCCGGCUGACAGCUGUAUCCAGUUCACCCGCCAUGCCAGUGACGUUCUUCUCAACCUUAAUCGCCUCCGGAGUCGAGACAUCUUGACUGAUGUUGUCAUUGUGGUGAGCCGUGAGCAGUUCAGAGCCCAUAAGACAGUCCUCAUGGCCUGCAGUGGCCUGUUCUACAGCAUCUUUACAGAUCAGCUGAAAUGCAACCUUAAUGUGAUCAAUUUGGAUCCUGAGAUCAACCCUGAGGGGUUCUGCAUCCUCCUGGACUUUAUGUACACAUCUCGGCUCAAUCUGCGGGAAGGGAACAUCAUGGCUGUGAUGGCCACAGCUAUGUACCUGCAAAUGGAGCAUGUUGUGGACACUUGCAGGAAGUUUAUCAAAGCCAGUGAAGCAGAGAUGGUUCCUGCCAUCAAGCCUCCUCGUGAAGAGUUCUUGAACAGCCGGAUGCUGAUGCCCCAAGACAUUAUGGCCUAUCGGGGUCGCGAGGUGGUGGAGAACAACCUGCCACUGAGGAACACCCCCGGGUGUGAGAGCAGAGCCUUUGCCCCAAGCCUGUACAGUGGUCUGUCCACACCGCCAGCCUCUUACCCCAUGUACAGCCACCUUCCAGUCAGCAGCUUCCUCUUCUCUGAUGAGGAGCUGCGGGAUGCCCGGAUGCCUGUGGCCAACCCCUUCCCCAAGGAGCGGGCCCUCCCCUGCGACAAUGCCAGGCCAGUCCCUGGGGAGUACAGCCGGCCGGCCAUGGAGGUGUCCCCCAGCGUGUGCCACAGUAACAUCUAUUCACCCAAGGAGACAGUCCCAGAAGAAGCACGAAAUGACAUGCACUACAGUGUGGCUGAGGGCCCCAAGCCUGCUGCCCCCUCAGUCCGAAAUGCCCCGUACUUCCCCUGUGACAAGGCCAGCAAAGAAGAAGAGAGACCCUCCUCAGAGGAUGAGAUCGCCCUGCAUUUCGAGCCCCCCAAUGCACCCCUGAACCGGAAGGGUCUGGUUAGUCCACAGAGCCCCCAGAAAUCCGACUGCCAGCCCAACUCGCCCACAGAGUCCUGCAGCAGCAAGAAUGCCUGCAUCCUCCAGACCUCUGGCUCCCCGCCAGCCAAGAGCCCCACUGACCCCAAAGCCUGCAACUGGAAGAAAUACAAGUUCAUCGUGCUCAACAGCCUCAACCAGAAUGCCAAACCAGAGGGGCCGGAGCAGGCUGAGCUGGGCCGCCUUUCCCCGAGAGCCUACACUGCCCCACCUGCCUGCCAGCCACCCCUGGAGCCUGAGAACCUUGACCUCCAGUCCCCAACCAAGCUCAGUGCCGGCGGGGAGGAUUCUACCAUCCCACAAGCCAGCCGACUCAAUAACAUUGUUAACAGGUCCCUGACAGGCUCCCCCCGCAGCAGCAGCGAGAGCCACUCGCCACUCUACAUGCACCCCCCCAAGUGCGUGUCCUGCGGCUCUCAGUCCCCGCAGCACGCGGAGAUGUGCCUCCACACUGCUGGCCCCACGUUCGCUGAGGAAAUGGGAGAGACCCAGUCUGAGUACUCGGAUUCCAGCUGUGGUGAGAAACCCUAUCGUUGCAACAUCUGUGGGGCCCAGUUCAACCGGCCAGCCAACCUGAAAACUCACACUCGAAUUCACUCUGGAGAGAAGCCCUACAAAUGCGAAACCUGCGGAGCCAGAUUUGUACAGGUGGCCCACCUCCGUGCCCACGUGCUCAUUCACACUGGCGAGAAGCCCUAUCCCUGCGAAAUCUGUGGCACCCGUUUCCGACACCUUCAGACUCUGAAGAGUCACCUGCGAAUCCACACGGGAGAGAAACCUUACCAUUGCGAGAAGUGUAACCUGCAUUUCCGUCACAAAAGCCAGCUGCGACUUCACUUGCGCCAGAAGCAUGGCGCCAUCACCAACACCAAGGUGCAAUACCGCGUGUCGGCCACUGACCUGCCUCCGGAGCUCCCCAAAGCCUGCUGAAGCAUGGAGUGUUGACGCUUUCCUCUCCAGCCCCUUCUCAGAAUCUACCCAAAGGAUACUGUAACACUUUAUAAUGUUCAUCCCAUGAUGUAGUGCCUCUUUCAUCCACUAGUGCAAAUCAUAGCUGAGGGCAGGGGGUGGGGGGUGGGGCCCGGGGGACUGGGAGCCACGGCAGCUCCCCUUCCCCCACUGCCAUAAAACAUUAAGAAAAUAAUAAUGCUUUUUCUCCUAUGUGUAAGGUGAACCAUGUCAGCAAAAAGCAAAAUCAUUUUAUAUAUCCAAGUGGGGGAGUAUGCAAAAGCUCUGACUUGACUUAGUCUGCAAAAUGAGGAAUGUAUAUGUUUUGUGGGAACAGACGUUUCUUUUGUAUGUAAAUGUGCAUUCUUUUAAAAGACAAGACUUCGGUGUGUUAUCAAAGAGAGGGCUUUAAUUUUUUUAACCAAAGGUGAAGGAAUAUAUGGCAGAGUUGUAAAUAUAUAAAUAUAUAUAUAUAUAAAAUAAAUAUAUAUAAACCUAAAAAAGAUAUAUUAAGAAUAUAAAACUGCGUUAAAGGCUCGAUUUUGUAUCUGCAGGCAGACACGGAUCUGAGAAUCUUUAUUGAGAAAGAGCACUUAAGAGAAUAUUUUAAGUAUUGCAUCUGUAUAAGUAAGAAAAUAUUUUGUCUAAAAUGCCUCAGUGUAUUUGUAUUUUUUUGCAAGUGAAGGUUUACAAUUUACAAAGUGUGUAUUAAAAAAACAAAAAGAACAAAAAAAAGCUGCAGAAGGAAAAACGUGUAAUUUUGUUCUAGUUUUCAGUUUGUAUAUACCUGUACAACGUGUCCUCACGGUGCCUUUUUUCACGGAAGUUUUCAAUGAUGGGCGAGUGUGCGCCAUCCCUUUUUGAAGUGUAGGCAGACACAGGGACUUGAAGUUGUCACUAACUAAUCUCUCUUUGGGAACGUUUGUCUCAUCCCAUUCUGCGUCAUGCUUGUGUUAUAACUACUCCGGAGACAGGGUUUGGCUGUGUCUAAACUGCAUUACCGCAUUGUAAAAUAUAGCUGUACAAAUAUAAGAAUAAAAUGUUGAAAAGUCAA